AGUUAAGCAGACAGUCUUUUCCUCCACUGUCGUGGAAAGAAAAUCCCUGUCUAGGCAUGGGCCUGAGCACACAGCACUGAGAAGGGAAUGAAAACUAUACACAUGGUGAUUAUCUUUAGACAGAAAGUAAUUAGAAGAAGUCGGACUACCGACACAGAUUCUGUGGUGGAUGUUAGAGAGACUGAGGAGCUCCAGCACUGCAUGAGAUCACCAACAGAAAGUGCCUUUCAGACAACAUCUCCAACUUGAACCUGCUCUGGUCCAUAUGUGCAUGGAAAGCCAACGCUCCCUUUAAGGCCAGGUCUGAGCUGUGACAGGGGAUACCUCAGCUGCAAAUCUUCAGUAGCCUCCAAUUCAAUUCUGAACGACUCCAGUGGCUAAGAAAUCCAAGAGGAAAGCAUUAUUGUGGAGAGGAGAACUGUCAAAGCACAAAGAGCUGACAAAUUAGAAGUUGGCAAAGUCAAUACCAAGCACAUCUUCGUUAAUAUUCUAUCAAAGAGCUCCAUUGCCUCGAAAUACUAUAUUGAGAGUGUUCUUGUCAGUGGAGGAGGAGAGACACUUGGGGGUGUCACAGAGCAAGCCCCUCAACCUUUUCAGAGGUCUGCCAUAGGUGCAAACUGAUUGAUGAGUGAUUGAUCGUUAAUCGAUUAGCCUUCCUCCCGGCUUAUGCUGCGAGGGCCUGUCUAGUUGCUACAUAUGAUUUGAGAACUUUUAAAACACAAAUAAAACAGAGCCAAAAGUUGUGAACUUUUUUACGUGAGGCCAUUUUUGAGUUAGAGUCAACCGAUAUAUUGAGCUUGCAGCGUUUAAUUGGAACCUCUUAACAUGGCUCUGAAUAUAUCUUCGAUAAGAGACACAAAAUGGCUGACGUUGGAAGUUUGUCGGCAGUUUCAGAGAGGAACUUGCUCACGGAGUGAUGAGGAAUGCAAAUUUGCACACCCACCAAAGAGCUGCCAGGUUGAAAACGGAAGAGUUAUUGCCUGCUUUGACUCGCUAAAGGGUCGAUGUUCAAGAGAAAACUGUAAGUACCUUCAUCCACCUUCGCAUUUAAAAACCCAGCUAGAGAUUAACGGACGCAACAACCUCAUCCAGCAGAAGACGGCAGCAGCCAUGCUGGCCCAGCAGAUGCACUUCAUGAUCCCAGGCACGAGCAUGCAGCCUGUAGUAAGUUACUCAUAUUCAGUACCUACGUUCAAUAUGAACCAGGGGCUUGGUACAAGCCCUGGUCUCAGCUACUCUCCAUAUCUUACACCCAUGACCUCUAUGAGCCAUGGGAUGAGCCUGAUGCCCACCGAGAUGCUCCCCAGUACCCCAGUGAUGGUCCCUGGAAGCCCCGGUGUCACAGUCCAGAGCUCCAACUCGUCCUCCUCUUCCCCCUCACAGAAGCUGCUGCGCACCGACAAACUGGAGGUGUGUCGCGAGUUCCAGCGGGGGAACUGUGCGCGAGGCGAGACUGACUGCCGCUUCGCCCACCCCAGCGACAGCCCCAUGAUCGACACCAGCGACAACACAGUCACCGUCUGCAUGGACUACAUCAAGUCGCGCUGCUCCAGGGAGAAGUGCAAGUACUUCCACCCCCCUGCUCACUUACAGGCCAAAAUCAAAGCCUCUCAACACCAGGUCAACCAAUCGGCCGUGGCAGCCCAGGCAGCAGCUGCAGCCAUGACUCAGUCGACUGCCAAAGCAAUGAAGCGACCCCUCGAGGCAACUGUAGACCUGGCGUUCCCCCAUGGCUGCCUGCAGCCCCUACCAAAGAGACAAGCACUGGAGAAGAGCAACGGGGCCAGCUCCUUCUUCAACCCCAGUAUGUUGCACUACCAGCAGGCUCUGGCCAAUGCACAGCUCCAGCAGACGUCUGCGUUCUAUCCCGCAGAUCAUCCUAAAGUAACCUACAAGAAAGGAACAGAGUGUCAAGACGCUCCCCUUAGAGGCCCUAAACAGCCCUUCUGUAAAUACUACUUUUGCUCCACACGAGAACUACAGCAACCUGCAUGCUGAGAAGAAGAUUACUGAGGAAAUGUAGAACAUUGAGCUAUGUUAAAAUAUACAAAUUAUAUACCUGUAUUGCUAGGACUAAUCUCGUUACUGAUAUGUAAAUGACUGAUUUAUUAUAUGUAUACACACAUGAUUGGAGAUUGUGAAGAUUUAAUCGUAAAGGUAUUCAACGAUGACUUUUAUUUCCUUUUUAAUGUUUUGUUAAAAGUGCACAACACUCAUCUAAUUCAAAAUGUAAUUUUUUUAGCAGAAAAUGAUUGUGCAUCUAAGUGCUUGAUUGCUUUUAUUUAAAACACAGACCAUUGGAAAGCGCUCUUGUUUAUACACCGUAUACAAAUUGCAUUUGGCUUGUGAGUGUCCUUCUUGCUCUUGUAAAGGACGAAUGUGACAGAGGAUAGCAUGUUGUUGUUUACCUUGUGGUUAUUCUCUGAGUACAGGAUCACUGCUCCCCCUCCUGGUGUGCCUUGGCCUCUCUACGGAGGAAUAACCAAUUGAGUGAGCCUCAGCAAACCCAAUGAUAAUUGCAGAAAAUGAAUUAAUGUACCUUAUGGCAGUGAUAUAAUCAGCCACUAAUUCCAGAAAUGAUAAAGGAAUCUAGCUACCACGGUUUCCAAGUUUCUGUCUGCGCUGCACUGUUUGCGCUAUGUCUCUUCGGUCAAGGUUUUAGUUGAGCCUUGUCUUGGCAUCCAUCAAAUAAACACCAUAUACCAGAUGUUGUGCCAAUGACCUAGCAGAGUGAUGGGUGGGCUGAAAAUAAGCCACUUUAGAGGAACUGAAAGGCUGAGUGAGUGUCUGCCGAGCUGUCACAGACAUGUGACGGGUUAGGUGGUCGUAGUGCAGAGGCCACAGACAUUAAAGAGGGAGCAGAAUGAUAAGACUUCAAAAGGAAAGACAUGUGGUGAUCCUUUGUUAAAAAGGCUGACGUACACGUGCAAGGAAACCUUGCGGUGACUCGAGGUCACUUAUUAAUCCUGUCUUAUUUGAACUGUAGAAGUGCCUAAAGUAAUGUACAUAACAAGCAUCUUGAAAAGGCUCUGUGUGAGAAAUAUUCAACUUUGAGUAGAAAACCCCUCAGUUUCGCAACGUACUCCAUGGCCUCACAAUAAAUACAAUGAACAACUGUUUGUGUGAGGUGAAUUCAGUGCAUUGGUAGUCUUUGUACACUGGGUUAGUUUUAGUGCUUUAACCUUUCAUUUACUUUCAAGUUUCAAUAUCUGGCAGAUCGGAACAUGGCUGCUUUGGCAUGAAGUUCAUUGAUUGUUCAUUGUGUAAAAUGGUUUAGCUUAAUUCUUAAUGAGUUGAAAGUAGUUUGCAACUAAAAAGUGAUUGGAGAUGAGUUUGGAGAACCGGAUAUGUGUUGUGGUUCUAUGUUGGUAACUCAUUUGUCUCUAUAUACAACCGUCUUUACAACCAUAUCCUCGUGUUUAAUGCGUUGUUAUCAUAGUCUGUCUAACGUCUUUCGAGUAGAAUGUAUCACAGUAAAUGUUUUAGUGGUAGGACGUAGUCACAUAACUAAUCACAUUGUGCAAUGAAUCUCAUAUAACUCUACAUGUGUUUUUGUCAAAGCUUCAUUGUAUAUACAAACUGCACUUACAAACACAGACAGAUUUACCCACCAAUGCACCUGUGCAAAGUCUACACCAGUUAUUUACAGUAGGAUAUAAAAGGCAAAACCAAGCUAAAAACAUGGAACUAUUUACAAUGAUCGACAUGUAACAUUAUUUUACCUUUUGCUUAAACUUUUAUGUUUUAUUUGCUCUUGAAAAUAACAGUUAAAAACUUCACACAGGUGCAAACUCUAAAUCUUGCCCACAGUCUUUCAUUCUCCAUUUUCAUUUUCUGUGUGAGUGAAAUCAGUAUGCUUAAAAAAUCUCAUCAGUAUCGUGAUAUUGUCAUGGUGUUUGAUCAACUCAGACAAUCCACAGAAAACUAAAAUGAUGCAUGUUCUUACCAUCUUUGUCCUUUUUCAUUACUUUUCAUUUACUUUUCAGAAAAGUUCAUUUUUAUGUUCUGUUUGAUGGAAAUAUAUGGAAUUUACUUAUUUGUUUAACAUUAGUUAUAGAACAAUGUUGUAUUCUAUUUUAAAAUGAAUGUAAUUUAUUAAGCUGAGCUUUGCUCUGCUGGCGGUUAUUCAAAUGACCUGUCCUGUCACGUUAGCCUAUGAAAAGCCGUCUGUGACCAGGGAUGGAAUGUUGGAGCUACCAAUGGCAAGCUUCCACAUCUCAUCCUUGUCACUGCCUUGUCACCUAUACAGGACAACACACUGCAGUACGAGCAAGGCUGUAGAAUUGCUUUUAUUAUGUAUAAAAACAGUUUAUUGUAUAGGUCACAGUCUACCAAAAAAAUUAACAUUUAAGUAAAUUUACUUUUCAUUGUAGUACGGUAUAAUUUCAUAACUAUAUUAAUUUGUCUCUGUGGCAACCUAAAGUUGCAAUGACGGAAGCUCUGUAUUUUUGUAAAUGAUGUAAUUGUUACGUUUUCUAGAGCACUGUAACACACUAGAUUGUAUUGCCAGAAUCUGAACAUUUCCUAUUUUAUGGCAAAAUUAUAUACGACAAUAUUUUCAGUAUCAUAUAAUGCCUUUGUAUUACAGUAGUAUAUUCCUUUUGCAUUUGACAGCCUACCCAUGACACUUAAAUGUCCCUAAAUACAUGCUCUAAUCUAUUCUACCAAAAAUGAGCUCUCUAAAGUCCUCUUACAAAGCAUCCCUAGACUCAUAAAGGCAAGGGGACACUCAAAAAGCUGUGUUUUGAUGGUUGUUCAGCUGUUUAGAAUUGCACUUUGUUCCCAGAAUAAAGUUAUUUUUACACCGCAGAAAAAGUAUGUUAAACAUGUAGUCAUGGGUAUGGCUAAUCUGGCAGUGAUACUCUUAAAUUAUUUCAAUUGUUCACCGAAGGCAUCUUUCACAAAAAAAUGCUCUUUGAAAACGGAUGUUAAUUUUAAUGGUAAUUUCAACUCAAGUUUUGCUCAAUGUUUCCAAUGUUAUUAUAGCUAGAUACAGCUGUACCUGAAAGUUAGUUGAGGUUGUAGACCACCCAAUCAAAAGAGUUGGACAGUCAGAAUGUGUUCACUUUUACUGACACAAUGGUAACAUGAUUCCUACCCACUGGGCACAGACUUCAAUUGAACGUAUAUUCCAUGUUGGUUCAACGUAAUUUUGUUGAAAUUAGGUGGAAACAACGUUGAUUUAACUAGUGUGUGCCCUGUGGGUAAGCACUUUCUGAACAGUUGGUAAACUGAGCAGACAAACUUAUUAGUGAACGUUGCCUUACCUUUGAUGUAUUGUUCUUAAGUUGUUAUGUGUUAGGGUUCAUUAAAUAUAAGGAUUGUAUUUAGUCUAUUGCAAUUAGUGAAAUAUGCUGUUUUAAUUCUCACUACAGACAUUUUCAUUUUGAGGCCAAAAUGGUAGAUUGUAAAGAGUGCCGUCAAACACUUUACUGAGAAAAGCUUGAUGAUGAGAAAACUGGCGGGUGCCAUUCUAAAUGGCUGUGGUACAGUUACUGCAGAGUUGUGUUUAAACUGCUGUGCCAGUGCCACACAUGGUUCCAUCGGUAAUGCCAUCUCUUUAACAGAGGGGAAAAGUACAAACCCUUACUCAUUUUGAAUCUGUUCAUGUGGCAAUUUUUUUAUGUUUUAUUUGUGCAUAAUUAUGUGCUCUUUUAUGAUAUAUAUAUAUAUAUAUAUAUAUACAGUAGUUUUGUUUUGUGUAAAAUCUAAUGUAAAAA